GAUGGCGCUCAGCCCCCCCGAGCGGCGCGGUGGCGGGCGGGCGGGCGAGCCGGCGGGGCUACCGCUUCACUCGCCAUGGACCUUCUGGCUGGACAAGUCACUUCCUGGGACGACAGCAGCUGAAUGUGCAUCGAAUUUGAAGAAGAUUUACACGGUACAAACAGUACAGGAUUUCUGGAGUGUCUACAACAACAUUCCUCCUGUGACAAACUUGCCUCUGAGAUGUAGUUACCAUUUAAUGCGGGGAGAAAGGCGGCCGCUUUGGGAAGAGGAAAGCAAUGCCAAAGGAGGUAUAUGGAAAAUGAAGGUCCCUAAAGAGAGUACGGCUGCAGUUUGGAAAGAGCUGCUGUUAGCAACUAUUGGAGAGCAGUUUACGGACUGUUGUGCAGCAGAUGAUGAAGUAAUAGGGGUUAGCGUCAGCGUUCGUGACCGUGAAGAUGUUGUGCAAGUCUGGAACGUGAAUGCUUCUCUAGCAAGCGAAGCAAAAGUUUUAGAAAAGAUACAUAAACUUCUGCCACACACAUCUUUUAAAGCGGUGUUUUAUAAAUGUGGUCGGGACAAGGAGGAGGAUGGUGGAAGCCCUGCAGAAGCACUACACACAGUGGCCCUUUUGAGUUUCUGGCAUUUCAAACUGGGAAAAAGAGGAAAACCAGUUGCCUUGGGUACUAAACACACAACUAAUUACUUUGUGUUUGGUUGUUUUUUUUUUUUAAUUCUUCGCUGAUUCUUUAAAAAGAUAUUUUGGCCACCUUUAAAAAAAAAAAUAUCAGAUGAUAGUUGUUCCUAUUUCAUUGAGAUAGCAGGCUUUCAUUUCUUCUGUACUGUACUUAGUUAAAUGCAAACGUGCACAAAGAUGGAAUGCUGCUUUUCCUAGAUGUGCUGUACGUGGAGGAAUACUGGCUUACAGAAAUGUGUUUUCAAUUUUCAAUUUGAAACAUUCCUAUCGUGUUAAGAUUUACUCAUUGGUUGUGUCCCAAGAGAGAAAGAAGUUGCACUGCAUUUGUUCUAAUAUUCAGUGUAAUCUGGUCUUGCACUGACAACAGCACACGUCCCGUAAAAGUAAAUAGGAAAGUGGUCACUAAAUGUACAACCAAAGAGAACACAUUGAUAUUGGGACUAAACCUGUGCGGGAUGAUGUUAAUGAGUGUUUUAAUUGCAGAGAUUUCAGAAGAGCCCCUAUUCAGAUGUGAAGGAGAGAUCUUUCAGUAGGAAACUGUGCAAACUCCACAUCCCUCUUAUUUAAGAGGGGAUGGCGGGUUUUAAAUGUUUUUUUAUAUUGUACACUUUCUUGGGAUAUUUUUCUGUAAAUUCAUGAUAAAGUGUCAUGAAUAUUUUCUAAUGCAUUAGACUAACUGGAUCCAUCCCUCAUGCUUUGGUGAGUGCUUGAGGCCAACAUCGGCCCCAGAAAGGUCAGUAAAAGACCUGCCGUUGACUUCAGUGCAAAGGAAGAGAUCCCAUGGUAUGUAGUUUCAAGCCAUCGUGGCUUCCUAAGUGACCUUUUAAAG